AUGCGUUGUCAGUCUUCUUUUCAGCAGUAUUUAAAUGCUUCCAUGACGUCCUAUCAUGAGUCUAUUAGCAGUGCAGCGCUUCCACCCUAUUACACCUAUAUGCACACUUCUGACAAAGUCUUUUCAACUUUUGCAUGGACCACGGAAGCUGAUAGAAAGAAGAUCUGGCAGGAAGCAAUAAAAUACGGCAAAUCGUUUGUACCACAUUUUGGACUUCGCGAUAUGCUUGGGUUCUCUUCAACGCCGAGAAAAAAGAACGCUGUGUCGCAACCUUCUCAUGUGAUCACAACGCGUGGAACGUUGGACGAUUCCAGACUUGCUGUAGAAACUGCGCUAGAUAUCUCAAGAGGACUGGUUGCUGUUGUAGAUCAUAUUGCCAGAGUGGUGCUGAUAGAUAUCACUAAUCGGCAAAUAGUUAGGAUUUGGAAAGGCUACAGGGAAGCCACGGUCGCGUGGAUCAGCUCUUCAAACGACCAACAGACUGCGUUGUUUCUUGCAAUCUUCGCUCCACGCAGGGCAUUGCUAGAAGUGUGGAAUGUACAGUUCUCAUCUUCGCCUAAUUUGGACUCUUUCAUGGAAGUCUACUCAAUGCUCCGGAUGAUGAAAUCGAAGCGUGAAUUGAUUUUACUUGUUCUCCCUAUUGUCAACGACUCGUUGAGGCUUGAAAAGGUUUUGGAUGCUAUCCCUAAGACAGACGGUGCUGGUCCUGUAGAAGAACUAGUUGGCUUCGUAAGACGGCAGCUGAACGUUUUCAACAAGAUCGUCAGAUACACGAAACAAAUUGUGAAGACGACUGGAAACACUCCUGAGUGUCAUUUUAAUGAGGACGUACAGAACGUCAUUCGCAGGCAUUGUGUCGAAGGCGAUGAGGACGGACCACUUCCAAUGACCGUGAAUGAGUUCCUGGGAUUCAUCGACUGCAAAUCUAUGAGCAGCUCUCUGUGGGAAAGAAAUUACCCCGAUGCUGACCUCUUCCGUUUCGGCGAAUUCGUCUUUGGGCCAGCACUGCAAGGCCGUGUCGACGUGGAGACCUUCAUUGAUAGUGUGCUAGUCGAAUUACCGUUUGCCUUGGAAGAUUUCACUGAUCUUCUUGGGUUUGUGUUCACCAAAUCCCAUUCGAAAGUUGGCGAAGAGGGAUUUGCAUGUUUGUGUGGUUUCAUUAAACGCUUCGAUCAGCUUCAUCCUGGGUCCUUAGAGAAAUGUGAAAGAAUGGCUUUGGAAUGCACUAAUCUUAGUCGAGCUCUUCUACUUUAUGCUGCAUGUUGUCUUGUGAAAGCACAGCAACCGAAGAAGUGCGAAAUAGAGGAAACUGAGCCGAUGGAUACUGGCGAAGAGACUGCUCUCGUUCAAGGUAUGUCGUAUAAGCAGUACUGCAGUAUUGCAGCGCUGACGAUUGGGAACCCGUUGAUCCCAGCAUGGAGCACUCCGAUUGUACCAUUCUCACGAUGCAUGCUGGCCUUCUUGGCGUGUCAGUUACGGCAGCCCGUACCUUUCGCCAAGGUUGUAAGCAGUGCGAGAGCUUUCUUCCGAGAGCAGGUCAGCAUUACCCUACUUCUCUCCCGAAGCGCAUUCUCAGAAAGUCUGGUUCAGGUCGCUUCACUGGUAGCUCGAGAAAAAUGGAACCCAAAUCAGUUGGAGGAGAAACUGUCUUCGAUCGCUAGCCUGAAUGAGCUGUGUUCCCUAUUACCGAACUCUUUGAAGUUUUCUUUACUUUGCUGUGACAUCGCAUGGGAGCUGAUGAGUCAAUGGUUCAAGGAUACCAUGCAGUGCUUUAAUAAUUUCGAGCUUGCUCUGGGUUAUCUCGCACUUGUUGAUGACAAUCGCUUGCGCCAUGGUGUCUUGGCAUUAAUGUGGCAGAACUUUAUACUGGAGCGAUUCAAAGCGACCAUAUUAUUAAUUGAAAAGACUGGUCGUGGGCCAAAGGAACGAGAAGCUCGCCAGCAGCUACAGAUGGCGGAAAUACGUGUGGUGGAAUUCCUGUCAAGAUGUCAUGAACUCCUGAAAAUGCUCAUGGAUGAUGUCAGAGAUUCACCCCCUCCUUCACAGAUCCAGCAAGAUCACUUGAUAGAGGUCAAACAGCCGCUCAAAGAUAUUGCGAACGUGCUUUGA